AUGGAAACUGGUACCUCUAGCUACUACUAUGCCGAUGAUGCUACCCUGGACCCCCAACAACCCGUGGAUGGGCCUGCCAACACCCCCAAACUCCAGACUCUGGACACCAUCGCUCUUGUCAUCUUCAUUCUCGUCUUCCUGGUGGGAGUGCCCGGGAAUGCCUUGGUGGUCUGGGUGACGGGGUCCGAGGCCAAGCGGACGGUCAAUGCCAUAUGGUUCCUCAACCUGGCAGUGGCUGAUCUCCUGUCCUGCCUGGCACUGCCCAUCCUGGUCACCUCCAUCAUCCUGAACAACAACUGGCCCUUUGGGGAGGCCGCCUGCCGCAUCUUGCCCUCCCUCAUUCUGCUGAACAUGUACGCCAGCAUCUUGCUCCUGGCCACUAUCAGCGCCGACCGCUUUCUGCUGGUCUUCAACCCCAUCUGGUGCCAGAACUUCCGCGUGGCUGGCCUGGCGUGGCUGGCCUGCGGAGUGGCCUGGGGGCUAUCCCUCCUGCUCACCAUCCCCUCUUUCUUGUACCGGACCGUGCAGGUCCAGCACUUUCCACACAAGGUCCUGUGUGGUCUUCACUAUGGAGCAGACAAACAGAAGGAGGUGACAGUGGCCAGCGUACGGCUGAUAGUGGGCUUCCUGUGGCCGCUGGUCACCCUCUCCAUCUGCUAUACUUUUCUCCUGGUGCGCACAUGGAGCCGUAAGGCCACGCGCUCCACAAAGACGCUCAAGGUGGUGGUGGCAGUGGUCAGCAGCUUCUUCAUCUUCUGGCUGCCCUAUCAGGUCACUGGUAUGAUACUGGCCUUGAACGACAGGCAGUCCGAAAUCUUCAACGCCGUGAUGAAGGCGGAUGCUCUGUGCGUCUCCUUGGCCUACGUCAACUGCUGUAUCAACCCCAUCAUCUACGUGGCCGCAGGGAAGGGCUUCCACACCCUGUUCAAGAAAUCCUUCCGCUCCAUUCUCCGGAACGUGUUGGCUGAGGAGUCCGUGGGCAGGGAGAGUAAAUCCUACACACGUAGCUCCGCGAUGAACACCAUGAGCACAGAGAAGAGCGAGGCGGUGUAA